CCUCCUUAUUCAUAUGCAGUAAAUGUUUGGGCUUUAAACUUCAGUGUCAAGAGUUCAGAUUUUGAACUCUAAGCGACGCUGUUGGUCAGCAAAACAAAUUUGGUGGUAACAGCCGAUCCUCUCCUCCCUCACUUACGUGCUAUAGCAUGACGCUAGAAAUAGUGUCCUUCGUUUGAGAUCAGGGCGUGAAGAGGGAGUUCUCUACACUUCUCUCUCUGGAAUAUACGAGCAGCCCGUUUUUAUUUUGAACUCUGCAUUUUCAGGUGGACUUCACGGUCGUGCUUAUCUUUUUUCAAGUGAGGACGCAUCAUUUGUCAGGAUCUACUGUGUUUGAUAUGGCAACCCGAAUCCAACUCUGCCCUAGAAAUGUAAGAUGGCGAUUGCUUUGUAUGUUGCCAUGGAAAAUGGUAAUUCUCGGUUUGCUUUCUUUUAUGGGGGAUCGAGCGGCUGGUCAGAUUCGUUAUUCCAUCCCAGAGGAGUUGAAAAAGGGCUCUGUUGUUGGAAAUGUAGCUCAAGACCUCGGUCUGGAUCUGAAAAGGCUCCGCUCAGGCCGUGCACGUAUCGUGAGCGGAGAAAACAUCCAGUACACCGAGCUGAAGACAGACAAAGGGAUUCUGGUCGUGAAUGAGAGAAUUGACCGGGAGCAGCUCUGCGGAGAUGUGACACCAUGCAGCCUCAGCUUCGAAAUCAUUUUAGAAAAUCCAAUCGAGCUUCACCGCGUCACUGUCGAAAUUUUAGACAUGAAUGAUAAUGCUCCCUUCUUUCCGAAUAAAGACAUUCACUUUGAAACCAGCGAAUCUGCUACAACUGGGUCAAAAUUUCCCGUCGAAAGCGCAGUUGAUCCUGAUGUUGGACUGAACGCGUUGCAAAAUUACAUUCUAUCUCCCAAUAAUUAUUUCGUUUUGAAACAACAUGCGAAUCCAGACGGCAGUAAAUACGCUGAACUGGUGCUGCAGAAGCCAUUAGACAGAGAGGAACACCCCAGUCUCUCUCUCAAAGUAAUAGCUGUAGACGGUGGAAACCCACAGAGAUCUGGUACAGUAAAUAUAAAUGUGUCUGUUUUAGAUGCAAACGAUAAUGCUCCCGUAUUUAACCAGUCAAUUUACAGGGCUGUUGUCAUAGAAAAUGCUCCGAAAGGAACUUAUAUUACAACAGUUAACGCUACUGAUGCAGAUAUUGGCAGUAACGGGGAGGUCAUUUUCAGCUUUGCAAAAAUAAGAGGCAGCACUGUUGACAUAUUUAGUAUCGAUGAAAACACGGGUGUCAUCUCAGUUGCUGGACUUAUAGACUAUGAAAAAGAGAAAAAAUAUGAGCUCAGGUUAGAGGCAAGGGAUCGAGGAGGUUUAACUGGGACUAGUAAAGUUAUAAUUGAUAUUAGUGACGUCAAUGAUAAUUUUCCAGUUAUAAAUAUAAUGUCAUUUUCCAAUACAAUAUCAGAAGAUGCUCCACUCGGUACUACUAUAGCAGUUAUAAACGUCAAAGACGCCGAUUCAGAGAAGAAUGGACAGAUAAACUGUGCUAUAGACCAGGGGUUCCCAAUCUUUUCAGGCCGCGACCCCCAAAAUAGGAUCAUAGGAGACCCGCGACCCCCCCUUUCCCCCACAUGUCCAAAAGUAAAAAAGAAACUGUUAAAUGUGGAUUAG